GGCAGAAGAUAUAGAGAGAGAAGAAGAGACGUAUGUGACUGAUAUGAAGGCAGAAGAUAUAGAGGGAGAAGAAGAGACGUAUGUGACUGAUAUGAAGGCAGAAGUUAUAGAGGGAGAAGAAGAGACGUAUGUGACUGAUAUAAAGGAAGAAGAUAUAGAAGGACAAGAAGAGACGUAUGUGACUGAUAUAAAGGCAGAAGAUAUAGAGGGAGAAGAAGAGACGUAUGUGACUGAUAUAAAGAAAGAAGAUAUAGAGGGAGAAGAAGAGACGUAUGUGAGGGGUGAUCAGCAGUGUAAGGAGGAGACAACCCCUACAGAUACCAGCACACUAGAUGGAUGUAGCAGCCGGAAUGUCUCAGAGGAUCCUCUGACUAUAUUUCCAGAUGGUGAAAUAGAAGAAGAGAAUGACACCCAAGAUUCUACGGAAGAAAUCCCUCUUACCCCAGUUAUACAUCCGGAACAUCACCGUGCAGAUAUAUCAUCUGGUUCCUCUGAUCCAGGGGAAUGUUCUCCUGAUAUCUCUGAUGCAUCUGUUACAGCUCUGACAGUAGAUACAGUGUGUCCCUCUAAUAUAGAUGCUGAAUGUUCAACACAGAGCACAGAGCCUGUUACCCAUCAGCCAGGGAAUAGGCCACUUCAAUGUUCUCAGUUUGGGGAAUGCUUUAGAUAUGAAUCAUUUUUAUGUAUACAUCAGAGAUAUCACAAAGUUGAGAGGCUGUUUCCAUGUUCUGAGUGUGGAAAAAGUUAUACAGAGAAAUCAAAUCUUGUUAGACACCAGAGAAGUCGCACAGAGAGACCAUUUCCAUGUUCUAAGUGUGGGAAAUGUUUUAGAGAUAAAUCAGUUCUUGUUAAACACCAGAGAUGUCACAGAGAGAGACAAUUUCCAUGUUCUGAGUGUGGGAAAUGUUUUAGAGAUAAAUCAGUUCUUGCUAGACAUCAGAGAAGUCACACAGGUGAGAGACCAUUUCCAUGUUCUGAGUGUGGGAAAUGUUUUACAAGGCCAUCAAGUCUUUUUACACAUCAGAGAAGUCACACAGGUGAGAACCCAUUUCCAUGCUCUGAGUGUGGGAAAGGUUUUGGACAGAAAUCACAUCUUGUUAGACAUCAGAGAAGUCACACAGGUGAGAGGCCAUUUCCAUGUUCUGAGUGUGGGAAAUGUUUUGGACAGAAAUCACUUCUUGUUACACAUCAGAGAAGUCACACAGGUGAGAGGCCAUUUCCAUGUCCUGAGUGUGGGAAAUGUUUUGCACUUAAAUCAUAUCUUGUUAGACAUCAGAUAAGUCACACAGGUGAGAAGCCAUUUCCAUGUUCUGAGUGUGGGAAAUGUUUUGGACAGAAAUCACUUCUUGUUACACAUCAGAGAAGUCACACAGGUGAGAGGCCAUUUCCAUGUCCUGAGUGUGGGAAAUGUUUUGCACUUAAAUCAUAUCUUGUUAGACAUCAGAUAAGUCACACAGGUGAGAAGCCAUUUCCAUGUUCUGAGUGUGGGAAAUGUUUUGGACAGAAAUCAUAUCUUGUUAUACAUCAGAGAAGUCACACAGGUGAGAAGCCAUUUCCAUGUCCUGAGUGUGGGAAAUGUUUUACACAGAAAUCAUCUCUUGUUACACAUCAGAGAAGUCACACAGGUGAGAAGCCAUUUCCAUGUCCUGAGUAAGUGGAAUUACUCAGGAGGUACUUUGUGUGUUUGCAAGUGAGAAUAUUUUAUUAAAAAAUUAAACGGCAUUGUGUGGCUCAUUCAGGUGCAGUUCUUGCUGUUGCUAUCUUGCCGUAUGCAAUUGCAAGUAUAAGCUAAUAUGGGCAGAUGCUAACUAAGCAUAGGGGCGCCCAGUGCUGUUGCAUUAUUUCCGUCCAGCAGCGUAUAAUUGCUGAUACAUCGGUACCAUCAUUGCAAAUUAGGCCAUGUUGGAGAGUCUUGAGUGCCUCUGAAGAUGCACAGGCUGAGCUGAUCUCCCAGGAUGCUUAGGGCUCUCCAGUAGAAAAUCAAAACAGGGUACUGUCCGUAGAAGAGGUUGGGAAGUUUGGGGGCACACUUUGUAUAAUAUGUAUAGAAAAUGUUAAACUAUAACUUAUUCAGACCUGGGUAAAAUAUAUAAAAAACUUUACUCACAAUGCAACAACAAAAAUAAAUAUUUUAUGAAAAAAUAUUGUUUGCUGAGGGGUACGUCAC